AUGCAAAAUCACUGUCUAAUCCUUUCAGUUGUGAUUAUUAUUAUUCUCACAACAUCGACAUUUUUUAACCAACUCCAUGUGAAUUCCUCUGAGGUGGACAAUCGGAUAGUGAAUGGUACUAUUAUUGGAAUUGUUAAAUGGAAAUUUGAAGAAUUCGGUUUACACAUUACGGUUAUGCUAUUCCUGCUUAUAAUGAUACUAAUCAAAUUCUUACAUCAUCGUGUCCAUUAUAUCUCAGAUUAUAUCCCAGAAUCUUUAGCCCUGAUUCUUAUCGGAAUAUUAUUUGGACUGAUUAUCUAUAAUGUCUUUGAAAAAGAAAAUAUCCAUACGAAAAAUAAUGUUUGGAAGUUUACACCACUACUAUUUUUUAUAUAUUUAUUGCCGCCGAUUGUCCUACAGUCUGCGUAUACAAUCUACAAUCCAACGUUUUGGGAAUAUCUUGGAGUUGUCCUAUUAUUUGCUGUCUUUGGAACCGUAUUAAACUUUCUGAUUAUCGGUUUUAUGAUGUAUGCCUUAUGGAUAUCGGAUGGAUUCGGACCACCUGAGCUAGACUUUGAUUUAAAAGGCUUCCUACUGUUCAGCUCUUUAAUUGUUGCUGUAGAUCCGGUGGCUGUGUUGGCGAUAUUUCAAGAUAUCGGUGUUGAAUUAGGCUUAUAUUAUAUUGUAUUCGGGGAAUCCUUGUUCAAUGAUGCUGUGACUGUUGUCCUCUACGAUAUUAUGGAUACAUUCACAGGGAAGAAGGUGAUUACCAGUGGGGAGAUUAUCGUUGGUGUGGUGUCUUUCUUCACUGUGAGUUUUGGUGGUCUGUUGGUUGGUGUUGUGUUUGGUAUAGUGACGUGUUUAAUCACACGGAUAAAAAGUCGUUUAAAUGCCUUCACCCUGUUGUUGCUUGCUUAUUUCUCUUACAUCAUGGCUGAUUGUAUCGGAUGGUCGGGGAUAAUUUCAAUGAUCGGCUGUGGACUUAUUCAAGCCGCAUAUGCAUUUCAUAAUUUGGACAGAAGUGCUGUUACGGUUGUUCGCAACUUGACUAGAAUUGUCUCUGAUAUCUGUGAAUCAGUGAUCUUUUUAUUUUUCGGAAUUGAGGUGGUCUCCACCAAACUUAUUUGGCAUACUGGUUACAUCCUAUGGGCUUUAAUAUGGUGUCUAGCAGCCCGGGCUAUCGUCAUCUUCACGCUGACAUUUUUUGUCAACUUUUUUGAAAUUAGCGGGACAAAAAUUAGUGUUACACAACAGAUUGUAUUGAUUUAUGGUGGAUUGAGGGGAGCUGUUGCCUUCUCUCUGGCUGUACUCAUCUCUCCGAAUAAACUGGGUCAACAGGGGGAGUACAAUCGACAGUUGAUUGUCACGACGACAAUAUUUAUUAUCCUGUUCACCACUGGUCUUAUGGGUAUGACAAUUAAACCGUUGGUGAGAUUAUUGAAAAUUCGUAUGGAAAUCGAUAAAAAGCUGAGUCAAUUCGACUCAUUGAAUGAUAGUAUCCUGCAUUGUACCUUAGCGGGAAUUGAAAGUAUCAUCGGUUAUCGUGGAUAUAAUGCUAUGCGUGAUCUUUUCAUUCGAUUGGAUGAAAGAUACUUGAGACGGUUUCUACAACGGGAACCUGAAACACAUGAUCAAAAAAUGUUGAAGGUCUAUGAGAAAGUGACCAUGAAAAUGCAUUAUGCAUCAAUGUGUCCAAGUAAAACAGAGAGUAUAUUGAAACAUAUCCCUGAUACAUUAAAGUAUAAAUUUAUUUCGUGGAAUGCUUCAACAAUGUCAAUACCUGGAGCAUUUAAUCCACUUGGUUCAAUGUCUAAUCUUUCAAUGCUUCAUCCUACAGCUACACCGCCAAAUUUAAGUGGACCAACCGGAGGUGGAGCGCAUUCAUUUAAAAAUAAAAUAUUUGAUAGUGCUGGUAGUAGUAGAAGACAACAGAGGACAAGCCAUGUCAGUAAAUCGUUACAUUAUCCACGUAAAAUUAAAUUUAUCCGUGGACAAAAACGUCAAGCACACUUUGAUGAAGUGUUUUUUGAUAUUAUGAAAACACGUAAUCGUGUGUUGAAGCAUCAUUUGAGUAGUAGUGGCGGGAGUGCUAGUGGAAGUGCAAGCGCAAGUCGAUCACAUCUGCAAAUGCCAAGUAAAAAAUUUGAAAUACACGUCCCCGUAAUUCGUGAACAUAGUACAGAAAAUUAUUCUUCAGACGAUGAAGUGAUUGAUUCAAAAAAUUUUAGAAAAUUUACAUCAGAUAAGUCAUCUUCAAGUUGA